CACUCGGCUGAACACACCGACCGCACCCAGGAUCUGCCGCGAUAUUCGGCGCACAUCCUGUUUCUUAAAUCGCCAAGAUAAGAGUCGAUCAUCACGUAGUUAGCUUCACCAAGACGCCAUUAACCGAUGUGUUUUGAAUGAGGAAACCGAGGGACCCAAGUUUGUUUGACUGUAAUGUCGUCUUUUUUUAAUUCAUAUCGUAACUAAACCCACGCCGAAUCCCCCCCAUCGCUACGGACAACGUGUUUAAAAACCUCGAAAUUGUGACUUGUCCCGCUUCGUCAUGGAUCUCACAUCUGUCCCUGUCCUGCUCGUGCUCGGCCUUGUCGUCGCUGCCCAAGCUCAAAACUGUACCAAACCUUUGGGCGGACCCAACAUGAGCUUGAAGGGCGAUGACAUUCUUUUAGAUGCGUUCCCGGAGGGCGCUAAGGUUUCUUUCGCCUGUGAUGUUGGCUACGCGUCUGCAGGAGGGUCCUCAACCAUCACCUGUACACAGGGCGGCUGGAGUCUCGUGAGGAUGAAAUGCGAGAGAAAGGAAUGUGGCUCUGCUGGAGAAGUUGCAAAUGGAGAGAUUGAUUACUCUGAAGGGACUCAGUUUGGCGAUAAAGUUGUGAUCACAUGCAACAGAGGUUACAAUUUGGUUGGCGCAAGGGAACUCGUGUGUGGAGACAAAGGGUGGUUGAACAGGUUGCCAACAUGUGAAGCAAUUACUUGUCAACCGCCACCUAUGAUUCAAAAUGGCAAUUUCCGUCCAAUGGAAGACCACUACACAUUCACUGAGGUUGUAAACUACGCUUGUGAAAAGCUUUAUUCACUUGAUGGUUCGAAAUCAAGUGAAUGUUCAGAGGAUGGGAGAUUCAAACCUGAUCCUCCAACGUGUGUCAUGGUUACAUGUGACGACCCUGUUAUUGAUAAUGGUUUCUGGGCUGGGGGUUCUCGACCCCCCCAUGGAUACAUGGCUAGUGUGACGUUCCAGUGCAAACCUAAGUACAAAUUGAUUGGAGAGCAGAUGCAGACAUGUAACAUAAAUGGCAAAUGGUCACCUGGACUUCCAACAUGUAGUUUAAUCAUCAUCGACCCCAAGACCACCACCACCGCCGCCGCCACCACCGCCGCCACCGCCGCCACCGCCGCCACCACCACCACCACUACUAUUUCUACAGAAACAGAGAGUGGAGGUAACAGCUUCAAGCAGUACGGACUUCCAAUUCUGAUAAGCAUCGCUGUUCUACUUCACGGGAUGUUACAAUGAUUUGAACUGGAAGAAGAACGCUUCUGGACGAGGGUUUUAACAUGCUCGUAGCUUUAAUCUGGUGAUACAGACGUUAUGCCAUAUCACAUCCUGAAAUCUCUGCAGUCUGAGCUCAGUCCUCAGCUUAUUCUCCUGCUUGUUGCUCUAGUUAGAUGAGUUAUGUGCAUAUGUAAUACUUUACUUUUAACUCACCAUAAUUAUUUCUGUCCGUGAUGAGGGCCAGUUCAGAAGUUUUUCUUUUGUCUUAAUUCCGAAUGAAUGAGAUUUUGUUUGUCAAAGAAGCUUUUAAACGUUUGCACUAAUACUCAUAGCACAGCUGAAGCCACUAUAGCAUGAAAUGCAGCAAUGGUUGGAAUUGAGAAAUAUUGAAUGUUUGCACUGCUUACCUUAAACACAGCCGUUGGGAUUAAACAGCAUUUCAGUGUGAUGCUAAAAAACUGAUUGAAUUGUAACUUCAGACAAAGCUCGUAACUGAUAUAUUGUUGACACCCCUUAUAGAUUGAGGGGGUCAGAGCCUAUAUAUUAGUCCUGUAAAUUCAACCUCCACCGCUCAGAAAGGUGGGAUGCAGCGUAGUGCCUGUCUGUCGACAUGUGGGUGUUUUAAAUGCCUUAUUCCAAACAGACAUUUUUCCUUUUAGAACUGCCAAACUGUUCACUGACUUGUUGGUGACAGGUAACGAGGCUUAAUCACGAGCCUAACAAAUUCCCCACACUACUGUGAAAGAGAAAAGCUUCCAGUGUUACGUGUUGACUGUGGCGACAUUGAGAUGUACUGAAUACGAUUUGUAAAGAUUUUUUGCACUUGCUCAACAUUUUAUUUAUUUGUUUAAAAAAAUAAAUUUUAGUUUUCUGUAAAUUUGAAGUCAAAAAUAAUUUUGUAAU